GUCAUGUUUCUCAUCAUUCCAGAGGAAAUCUGUUUUGUUUUUUUUCUCUCCAUUAUUUCAGUUAACAAAUAAAUUGCUCCACUCCUACAGACCCUUCAAUGAGCAUCUGUGUGUCUUUCUGCUGGUGCUUUUUUGUUGCAAUUACGUUUCCACUUAGAGUUUUGCUCCGCUUCUCUGUUAUUCUUCUUACCCAUUCAGUGCUGGGUGCCUCUAUAUACUACAUACCUGCCCAGGUGUUGGGAAACAGCAAGAGGAGAGCUCAAAUGAUCUUCCCAGCCCCUCUCCUUUUUUGAUCUAACGAGCAAAUCCCACACGGUCAAUAAGAGGAGCCAGCCACGCAAUGUUGAAUGGUGGUGCCCUGAAGGGGUGAUGCCUCCAGCUAAUGUAAGUGGCUGCUGGUGAUGACUUUAUAGAGAAAGAGAAGAAAUAUAAGAGCAUAUACACUGCAAGCAGCUGCACUGCAUCAUCUAUCACAUAUUGGUCUCCCUCCCUCCCUCUCUCCCUCCUCUUUCUGCCUCUUUCUCUCUCUCUCUCAGCAGCUCUUCGCUUCAUUUUUAAGCUGAGGAUCUCCGAUACAGCCACAGCUUUUCCCUUGCAUUCCUAUGGGACAGUUACAAUGACAGCAUCCCCCAAUCUUCUGGUGCCGGUGGAAGCAAAGAUCCUGCUGAGCACAUGGAACGAGUCCAAGGACACGGUUGGGACUCAGUACCCCAUCAGUCUGCUCCCCAGCAAUAGAAAUACUAACAGCACCAGUGCCCCCUUGGAGAAUGAAAAGAAUGUCAGCAUGAUAGUUAUCCAGUUCAUAUAUGCCAUUGUGUGCCUGAUUGGGCUAAUCGGAAACUCCAUGGUGAUUUUUGUGAUUUUAAGAUAUGCCAAGAUGAAGACUGCCACCAACAUUUACAUCUUGAACUUGGCCAUCGCAGACGAGCUCUUCAUGCUGAGUGUCCCCUUCUUGGCGGCAUCUGCUGCCCUACAACAUUGGCCCUUUGGCUCAGGGAUGUGUCGCACAGUUCUAAGUGUGGAUGGUAUCAACAUGUUCACCAGUGUCUUCUGCCUAACGGUGCUCAGCGUGGACAGGUAUGUGGCUGUGGUCCAUCCAUUGAGGGCUGCCCGGUACAGGAGACCCACUGUGGCCAAGAUGAUUAACAUUUGUGUUUGGAUUGUGUCCCUCUUGGUCAUUUCCCCAAUUCUGAUCUUUGCAGACACCAUGCCAUCCAAGGACGGGGUGGUAGUCUGUAAUCUUAUGUGGCCCCAUCAAACAUGGUCUGCUGUGUUUGUCAUCUACACCUUUUUGUUGGGAUUCUUCCUACCUGUGGUGGCCAUCUGCUUAUGUUACAUCCUCAUCAUUGUAAAAAUGAGAGCCGUGGCACUGAAGGCAGGCUGGCAGCAGAGAAAGAAAUCUGAGAAGAAGAUCACCCGAAUGGUCCUCAUGGUUGUUACAGUGUUUGUCAUUUGCUGGAUGCCUUUUUAUAUAGUACAGCUCCUCAACCUAUUCCUACCCCACAUGGAUGCCACCAUCAACCAUAUCUCCCUUAUAUUAAGUUAUGCCAACAGUUGUGCCAAUCCCAUACUCUAUGGAUUCUUCUCAGACAACUUCAAGAGAUCUUUCCAGAGGAUUGUUUGCUUUCGGUGGCUUGAGAAUGGCACAGACGAACCAGUGGAUUACUAUGCCACAGCUCUGAAAAGCAGGGUGUGUAAUAACAACCCACUGGACUUCCAGCAGGAGCCCCUUCAGUCUGACCCUUGUUAUAAGCAUGGCACAAUCACAAGGACCACGACUCUAUAGCAGAGUGCCUGGAAAUGCCUUGUUAAUAACUGCUGCUAACCAGAUGUGCUACUCCUCAACAAGGAGGUUUUCAUGUAUAUGUAAAGUGUUCUGGGUGUUUGUCUCCUUUGUUUUAACGGUGGAACUGAGUUUGUGUACUAAGACUGAAAUGACUGUGCCCUUCUGCCCCUUUCCUAUUUUUAUUCACAUAGCUUCUUCUGUAGCAUUUGUAGCAAGUCCCAUCACAGGUCCAUUAUCUACAAGAAGUUCUCUCUGUUCUGCAGAGCAUUAAGUGGCAGUUAAAGAACCAAACACAACCUGAGACGUAAGGGAGUCUAUAAAAACAGUUACAGUAUAGGAGCAAUGUGUCCUUCACACUGGGCAUAAUAUCAGCCCAUGACUUUCAGCCCAUUACAGGUGAAUCAGAAGAAGUUUCCAUACCUUUAUAGAAUACACGAGCAUAAUGCAUGGCUAAUUAGUAAUUCAUUUAUACACAUGCUGCAAGUUGCAAUGUACCACUGUUUUAUGCAUCCAACUGAAAGGUUCAUUAGUCAACGAGCAAGCAGAUUAGAUAUGUGUCUGAUUUUAUAAGAAGAACAGAUGUAUGUAUUUUGUUUAGCAUCUCAGGAAACCAGAUUCAGACUUGUCACAUUCUAUUUGCAAAGUAGGAUAGGAUAUCAGGCUGCGCUUUACAGGAUGCUGGGAGUUGUAGAUCAAACAACUGAAGGAAUGCAAAAGACGGAAGUCCUUGUUAGGAAUCCCUUCUCACAAGACAGUUCCGAAAGAUUCCAGGAUGGAAGAUUUGAUAGGAAUCAGCUGUUUACACACACACACCAGAUACAACUGAAAACAUAUGUUCUGUAAAGGUAUGAAAACAUGAUCACACAGAAACUUUAUUUCCUUCCUUAAAUUAUUUAGGUUACUCUUAAAUCACCUGCAUGCUCUUGCCUGGCUGAGAAGGUAAGCACGAUGAGAAACACAGCAACCUUUUACAUGACAAUCAAAGGCUGUUGUUUGCAUUGUAUAUCUUGAACGUAUCUGCUAUGAAUGGUUUCUCAUAGAAGCCCGACCCAUUGGCCCAAAUAUAUAGGUACUGUACAAGUGGGCAUACGCCUUCUGAUUGGUGCCAAUGGUUGGGAUGAGAGGGAGUGCAGCCCCUCUUCAAUUCCUGACCCUAAAGUGCAACAAGCUCUCCCCAACAUGAGGCACCAGCAGGAUGAACAGUCCAACCUCCCCCACCCAACCUGACAAACACGUCCAGCCUUUUGGGCAGUAUGGUCAAAAAGCAACCAAACUUCCCGACCAGAUCUGGGCAAAUAUAACCAGCUGUAUUAUGUGCUGUAAGUCUGAUCGCUGUUAUGCUCUGUGAUAUGGUACAAGUUUUAUGUGUCCAGGAACAUUCCUGAUUUUCUUUUACAAAUAUUCACUUCUACUGUUUGACACACCAUGAAAUUAAAUAAGAAAAAAUAUCUAUUUUUUCCCCAA